CUUAUUAUUUGAGAUUUUGUUCAAUUUUUUAUAUAACUGGCAACUACAGAGUCAAAACAAUAUUCAUAUAGCAGCUCUGUAAACUUCAGUUUAGUGUUGAUAGAAUAAUACCGGAUAAUAUGUAUUUCAAAUUAACUAUUUUGCUGACAUCUUUUAUUGUAGCAAAUUAUAACGUACUAGGAGAAGCUCAAGAUGAAGCUUUACAAGAAACUCUCAAACCCGCUCUAAUGCAUUACCAGGUUAAACCCAAACAUAGUUUGAGCAGCGACUCUGCUGAAGACGAGGUUUUGGCAGAAGCAUACAAGUUGCUUCUAUCGUAUUACAGCGUUCCUCGUGGAAGAGGUCUUAACGAGUUGAAUAUAGCUUCGUUUAUAGGUCCCAAACAUUUUGCAACUGUAAAAGAUUAUUUUUCAACAAAUUUAGUUCCACCACAAUACCAAAACAAUAUAGAUUUCAAGCUAUUUAAGAAAAUUAUGGAAUCUUGUGGAUUGUUGGAUAUGAUUUCGUCAGCACUCGAGAAUUCAAAAAAAUAAAUAGAUUCAAAAAACAAAAAUUCCAAUGUUAAUGUUAAAGAUUAAAAAAAAUUAAAACUUAUCCGCAUAAAAAAAAAUGUAUCAUUACUAUUUUUUUUGGUUUUUUAAUAUGUUAUUUAUGUAUAUAAAUAUAACAUAUAUAUAAAUGUAUGUAUACAUUUUCAAACUUCGGUUAAGUAUAAAAAUCUUUGUAACGUCCCAAUAUUUGGUAAGUUCAGGACAACGCCACACGGUACGCCACCUAGCGAUGCAUAUGAAUGGCAGGAAUUAUACUUCUAACACUGUUUGGAAACAUCAAAAUAUACAUAUUUUGACUGAA